AUGGCUUCCAAGAAUACAACCCUCAACGUUUUUGGUUUCCAGACGAUCGUCUUCGCCGCCCUCGUGGCCGCUGCCAGCGCCGGAAUCAUUGCUCCAGCACCAGUGGCCUACCAUGCUGCCCCCGCUUACGGUUACGCCGCCCCCAUCGCCAAGGCCGUCGACGCCGACUACGACCCCAACCCCCAGUACAGCUACUCCUACGACGUCCACGACACCCUGACCGGAGACACCAAGAGCCAGCAGGAAACCCGCAACGGAGACUCCGUCGAGGGUAGCUACUCCCUGAUCGAGGCUGACGGAACCCGUCGUGUCGUCCACUACACAGCUGAUCCCCACAACGGAUUCAACGCCGUCGUUGAGAAGGAGCCUGCAGGUCACGGACCUGUUGUCGCCAAAUACGCACCAGCCCCCGUCAAGUACGCCGCCCCCGCUUACGGCUACCAACACUAGGUUUAUUUGAGGGAGUCUAAAAUGAUAGAUAUAUAUUGUUGUGUAAAUAUAGUUAUUUAAUAAAUCAACUUCAUUGUGUGUAUU